GCGGCCAUGACGUCACAAUGUUACUCAUGCUGGAGUCGGUGUAACAGUGUUGCGGAUUGAUGAUUGUUUCAUGAUCGGAUUAACAGCGAUCAGACGAUCACACUGCAGAUAUGUCGUACUGCAAACAGGAAGGUAAAGAUCGCAUCAUCUUUGUGACUAAAGAAGACCAUGAAGCACCCAGUAACGCUGAGCUUAUUGAAGAUGACCCUACUGAUCCAUAUGAGGACCACGGUCUGAUCCUACCCAACGGAGAAAUAAACUGGAACUGCCCGUGUCUGGGUGGCAUGGCGAGCGGCACGUGUGGACAGCAGUUCAAGGACGCCUUUUCUUGUUUCCACUAUAGCAAGGAGGAAGUAAAGGGGUCAGAUUGUGUGGAAAACUUCCGGAGUAUGCAGGAGUGUAUGCAGAAAUACCCUGAGCUUUACCCACAGGAGGAUGACAACAAUUCUGAUUCUGCUCCAACAUCCUCUUUAACUGACUCUGUCUCUUCAUCAGCAGCCACAGAACAGCCAGCAGCGAGCUAAUAUCAGCCGUGUUUGAUUUCCUCUUUGAUCACAGAGAACGCUCCACUUGUUUCCAGAACGACUGAACAUCUGGAAGAAGCACGUCAGGUUUUUCUCUUCGAGAGAUUCAAAUGACAUUGUUAACAGCACUUGAGGGAUCAAUAAAUAGGGAGAUUUAAGGAACGGUAUGAAGCCAACAGUGAGUGUUUGUGAUCAUUAAACAUUAGAGCUCCUCAUCUGUAAUGCUCCUUUGAAUCAACAGUUUUUUGCUCCACAACAGAAGCUUGUUUGUCUUGUGUCUGACAUCUGUAUUUCAAAAGCUCACUUCUCAGAUGUGUUUAGAAUGGAAGAGUUUAUGAUCCAUUUCCAGUUUUUUUAAGACCUGAUUUGAAUUUCUAUAAUUUCUUGAAGUUGAGUUUCUAAUGCGUGUUUGAACAUGUAAUGUUUCUGUACAAACAGUAGAGGUCAUGAGUGAGUAAACCAGCAGCUGAUGAAACACAAGUGUAAUUAAUGGCACAUUAUGAAAUAAUGUAUGAAUAAUGCAGACAUCAGUUCUCUCUUCAGCACAGCUCGUUUGACCAGAAUUGAUGAUUUCCGUUGUGGAACUAAUAUUAUGAAAACAGGCUGAGUCAACACAUAAAUCCUACAAUGUUUAAGUGCAUGUGGCUACAUUUAAUCAGUUCAUACAGUUCAAUGAUCAUUUAUAAAUCUGACCAGCUGUAUCGAGUGUCCUAAUGUUUGCCAUUUAAAAACGUGUGUGAUUUAGCUGUUUCUGGAAGAAGAAAACAAUACAGAUUCCAGAUGUGAUAAGGAUGUGUGCAUAAAUAUCGCUCUCUUACAUUUUUCAAUUGUGUGAUUUGUAUAAAAGCAUUUUUUUAAAUACACUUGAGAAAUGUUUGAGGUAAAAGUUUUAACUGAAGAAGCAAAUAAAAUACAAAGGAAUGAAUAAAUCACCAA